GAAUAGCUGACAAGUUUUCUGAGAAGAGACCAUUUUGUACUUAGAGGAAACACUUGCUCUCUUGGAUAUUCUUGCACCAUAACUCAGAAAUAGAAAGCAAAACGGUUUAACAAAAGAUCUGGGCAUUUCUUAGGCAAGUGGAUUAUUGAAUUUGCUGCAGGUAGCCAUAGGCAGAAAAUCUAUGGCUGCCUGUUUCAUGAAUACUACUGGCAUGAAAAUUCUGUAACUGCUUAGAAAAAAAGAGCUGAAAUGGAUUUACAAAACAUUCCGUAUCGCUCAGUGGUGGUUGCUUGGAGCCCAGAUGACCUGGCAGACUACUUCAAAAAAUUAAAGUAUAAGGACUGUGAAAAAGUCGUCAGAAAACACAGCAUAAGUGGACAAAGGUUUUUGAACAUGUCUGAAAAUGAUAUUCAGAAAUUUCCCAAACUGAGUGUGCCAAUUCUAAGUAAGUUAAGUCAAGAAAUCAAUAGGAACGAGGGAAGAAUAAGUUUCUUCCCAAAACGGACCCAGACGCAGAAGUUUGCUGACAAUACAGGAUGCUGUCAAGAAGAGGAAGAAGGCUGGUCUUCAUUUGAAGAAGAAGAUGAUUAUGAAAGCCCAGAUGAGGAACAGGAACAAGACGCCGACUAUGAAUCACCAACUGAUGAACCAGGACAUGACAGUGAUGAUUAUGAACCUCCUCCAUCCAACAAUGACGUAGCACCCCAUAAUGUCAUAUUUCCUGCCAAGUCAAUUCCAAGCAACACUGAGUACAUAGAUAGACCCACAACUGCUAGACCAUCUCCCCAGCCUCCUAUUCCACCACAGCGACCUGGCCCAUCCCCUGUACCAGCAGCAUAUCCGGGUAGAGUCACUCCUGUGUCACCUUACCCUCCUCCAUCAAGCAAUAAUGAUGUGAAUAGAGAUAAAAGUGCCAAGCCUUUAAAACCCCCAGCUCCUUCUAUAGACAGACGUACAAAACCCCCACUGGAUCGUCCUGGGCCAACGUUUGAAAGAGACAGCCCAGCAGCAGGGAAGAGGGCAGUGUUUCCUGACAAGCCCAUGGCACCACAACUAAGAUCUCUGGGAGAACAGUUAGCAAAGAUACAAAAGCCUCCCAUACCACCAGCCGAUAAACAUGAAAGAGGCAAUACAGUCCCUGGAAGGAAGCCACCACCCGUAAAGCAAGGCUGGGCACCAGAAAGAAGAUAUGAUGAAGAUGAUGAGUCAAUCCCCCAGAGACCGGCACCACAGCUAUCUUUGCCCCCCUUCAGUUCCAACACAUUCCCUUCAAGGUCUGUCAAGCCACCACCUAAACACAGUCCUUCAGGAUCCAACAGUAUGCCUGGAUCAUAUGCAGAAAGUACUAACAGCCUUUCUUCAAGUGGAUCACUACCACCACGCUUUCAGCUAGGUAACAUCAAUAGAGCUCCUUCAAAAGGCCCAGCAGAUGGCAGACCUCCAUUACCAAUUCCUAACAGGCAGAUUGUGCAGCCACCAAGCAUGGAGGAAGACGAGUUUCAGGAUUCACUGAAUGAAGAGUGGUAUGUUGCAGACAUCAGCCGGCAGGAAGCAGAAGCAGCUCUUAGGAAUAUAAAUAAGGACGGGACAUUCUUGGUGAGAGACAGCUCAAGAAAAACUAAUACACAUCCAUACGUACUGAUGGUAUUAUACAAAGAUAAAGUAUAUAAUAUUCAGAUUCGUUACCAGGAACAAAAUCAAGUUUACUUGUUAGGAACUGGCCUGAAAGGAAAAGAGGAUUUUUCUUCAGUGGAAGAUAUUAUUGAUUACUUUCAAAGAACACCCCUUCUGCUGAUUGAUGGAAAAGACCGAGGUUCAAGAAACCAAUGCAAGUUAACAUAUGCUGCAGGAUCUACUUAGAAGAAAGCUUAAUGUCUGGGAUCAACGGUCUACAAGAGCAUACAAACCUCAUGAUAUUUCCAUUUGUAUUCAGUGAACUGAAAUUAUGAAUUAAAUUUUUUUUAUUUUAAUGAAAAAAUAUAAUUCUCUCAUUUUAAAGUGUGUUUUUAAAAAACAGAUUUGCAAAAUACUUUCUACAAUGUAUUUAUUACUCUACAUUGUUCAUACACUGCCAUGAAAACUCUUCAUGUGAGUGACGUCAUUUUCCAACAUCCAUCUCGCAUGUGAAGUGUUCUCCAUUCCAUAUUAUAGGAUUACAUGUAGUUUACAUAGCAGAGAAUUACGUUGCUUUCUUAUAAAGCAAAACUAUGCAAACUAUUGUUCAUGUCAAGUUUAUGGUACCAAUUACAUUAAGCUGCAAACUGAAAUCAAUUAAUAUCUGUAUAAUGCUUGUACAGUACAGAGUAACUUCUAGUGACUGUUAUCCGUAUUGAAAGAUUGUAUUGUUUACUUUGAUAUAUUUUAUGUAAGCUGAUAGAAAAUUAGAAAAAUCUUGUGUAAAUUGAGUCAAUAAAAAUGCCAUAUGUCACAGU